AUGUCUAUCGGAAAACCUUUAACGACCUUGUACAAAGAGGUCCACGGCAGCAAGAUAACGACGGACAUCUACCUUCCCAUGUCGGGUUCGGCAACUCCGCAGAAAUAUCCUGUCGUAAUCAACAUUCACGGCGGCGCCUUCAUGCUCGGCCACUCACGCAUGGUCUCUAUCCCCCAGGUCAACGACUGCCUCGACCGGGGCUGGAUCGUGCUCGUUCCGAAUCACCGGUUGUGUCCGGGUGUAAACCUGCUGGAGGGCCCGAUGCAGGAUGUCCGGGAUUUGCUGGCGUGGAUACAUGCCGGGCACCUAGACACCUUUUUGGCAGAGCAUGGACCGUACCGUGCGGACUUGGAGAACGUUGCUGCGUUUGGGACGUCGUCUGGAGGGCAUCUGGCGUUGAGCUUGGGCUUCAACACCCCAAAACCACCAAAAGCACUCCUCUCUCUCUACGGCGCAGUCAAUUUCAGCGAUCCGCUCUGGUCCAAACCACUCCCCCACGUUGGAGCUAAAUUGCCCCCCAACCUGUCAACCGAUUUCAUCAGCAAAAUCUACGCCGAAAAACCUGUGCCGACAGAGAGCUCCGUCUCGCUGGAAGGUCAAAUCGAGUCCGGCGCAUCCAAGGGUCCCAAAUUCUCUCAACCGCGCGACGCAUUCGCAUUUACCCAGAUCGCGGCCGGAACUGUACUUUCCGCAAUCUACCCUGAGGGACAAAGCACUGAUCCGGAGUACAGGCUGGUUGACCCGGCCCAGGCUGUUUCGAGUAAUUUUCCGCCGACGUAUAUUGUGCACGGCACGGCGGAUACGUUGCUGCCUAUUGAAUUGAGCCGUGAGUAUUUUAAGAGGCUGAAAGAGGCAGGUGUAAAGUGUGGGAUGACCGAGGUUCCUGGGGAGGAACAUACAUUUGCGGCGACGAUGAAGGUUGGGUCACAGACUUGGUGGUUGCAGAGGGAAGGGUUUGAUUUCCUCGAGGAGGUUAUCGGGAAGGGGCCGAAAUAG